AUGUUGCUGGCCGACAACGCGCGUGUGUCCAACCCGGUCAACGUGUACCGUGUGCUAACUGCGCUCUUCCUACCGUCGCCGUUUCACAAGCGUAGUUUUCCUACGAUAAAAGCCCAUUCCGCCAAAGGUAACGAACCCAUCGAUCCAAAAAUCAAAGAAGAAUUUACAGAAGCCGCGGCGGGACUCGUCGCCCGACGACCAUUGUUCCUUGCGCGUUCUGCCGCUUACCGCACUCUAUUCUGUAUCUCGCGCCGUGCUAUACGAUCAAACGCAAGCAUCAGCGCCCGUGACAACCUCAGUCACACAUUCUCCACGAUGGAUUCAGGCAACUCAGAAGCGAUCCGCUUGGCUCAAGCGUCAGACUGGAAGGGACUUCAGCGACUACUGGAACGGGAUCCGGCCGUAGCCAAACAACGCGGAGACCAUGGCAUGCUGCCAAUCCAUUGGGCUUGCACAGUGAGCCGAGUGCCGCUGUCCCUGAUGGCUAAACUGAUUCAAGCGUAUCCAGACGGCGUCCGAGCUAAGAACGCUGGCGAGUUGCUACCACUACACAUCGCCAUACGAGCAGGUGUACAGGCCUCGUGUCUACGUAAAUUACUACGUGCGUAUCCAGAAGCGGUGAGUGAGCAAACGCCCGAUGGCGUCUCGGCUCUGAAGAUGGCGGAAGAGUUCGAACUCGAUGCAGACAGCUUGAAGCUGCUGCGUCGAGCACACGACCGUAACAGUCUUCAGCAGCAGCAAGAUGAAAGUCCGAGCGAACGCGAGAGUACUGAGAUUGAUUUUAAACAAGCACUCGGUGCUCAGGAAGAAGGAGAAGCUUCUGGACUUGAAAAACCCGAAGAAGAAGAGACUGAGGAAUGGACUGAAGCUGUUGUGCCCGAACCGUACGUGGGCAAUGUAGGCUUCAACGGCUUUCUUCAUGUUGGCGACGAUGGCGAACUGGAAACUACCGAGACGCCUGUCUUGGAGCCGGAAAACAGCUUCAACAUGAUGAGUGAGCAGUCGCUGAGCAUCGACGGCCUCGAUUCCCCCCACGAUCAUCUCGUGUCGCCCUCUUCGGAGAGCUCUUCCAGUCUGGACGAUCCGCCCAGCUCUCGAUCUUCGUUUGGUGCUGCAUUUCGCACCAGCAGUCGUCGCGGUCUUUUAGGUAUUCCGAGUCAGAACCAGACACCUGGUCGUCCACAGACGCGUAUGCACCGCGCGACGUCACUGCUGACCCAGCUACAAACUAACGGCAUUGUCACUGAACGAGAGCUACGUACGAUGGUGUCUGCGAUGAGUGCCAGCGCUGCUGUGGCUAACCCAGAGAAUGAAAUGUCCAGUCGAAGCCACAGUCGCCACUUGUCGCUGCCUUUAAUGCCCAGCAACGAAAACUUUCGACGAAGCCCAAGCUUCCACUUCUACGGUGAAGUGAACGGUGAGAACGAGGAGAAUGAGAUCGAAAUUGCGUCGUCCAGGGACAGUGCCAGCACUGUAGGAGGCGUUCAGUUCAACCCUGGAGGUCGGCUUUUCCAGUCGGUACACGAGCCCAUUCGACGCUCUGUUACUCCUAGUGGGACUCAAAGGAGCUCACCGCCCUUGUUCAGGAGAACGCACCGUCGUGCUUCCCAUAGCUCGCACGGUCGAUCCCACUUUGAUCCCCCGCCAGAGUGGAAACAUGACGGCGAAUGCUCCAUCUGCCGAGCAAGUUUCGGCAUGUUUAAACACCGUCACCACUGUCGUAAUUGCGGCAAGUCGAUCUGCAGUCAACACAGCGCAGACAAGAAAAUCUCCAUGGAGGCGAAAGGGUUUACUACUCCUCAACGCGUGUGUGUCACGUGCUAUGCCAUGAUCACACACAGUCGCGCGCUGAAACACGAUUUAGAGCUCGAAGAAAUGGGUCACGAAGGCCUCGGAAUCUUCCAGCAGCUACCCAAUGCCAGUGCUGGCAGCAACGACCGCCACCACUUUGCUGGUACUGUGUUCUCGUCUUCUGGAGCUCCAGGCUUUAGUCGAGGCGGGUUUGGAAGCUCACGGAGCCCUACAAGUACCGGUGGGAGUCCUACCAACUCACCGACAACAGGACGCAAAGGAAGCUCUCGGAAGUCGACUGUGCUGGCUGCGGGUGAGGCAACUGGAGGCGCUGGAGAGCGUGCCACUACGCCGUCUCCUGUCCACGAGCUGCGGUGUUUGCUGGCUUCACAGCAGAAGCAGAUUGAGCAACUUGCUCAAAGCAAUAUGCAGAUGCAACAGCAAUUACUGGAACAAGAAGAACUCAAGGCCGAAACGAUGCUUCUCAUCACGCAACUGAUGACGCGCGUGUCGGUGCUGGAACUGCAAAAGGAGCGCAGCUUCCACAACAGCAAGCGACGCAGCGCCGAAACGGGCGAAAGUGAGGAAGACGAUGAGGAGUUCCCACAAGAUGACACGCUCCCGUUCGAGCGAUAGGAAUCGAUUAUCCGUUUUUCCAACAUCAGCCAACGAAGGAAGCUGGCUGGUAUCUAUUACUCGACCUGGUUCACAUCUCUUUAUUCGCAAAUUAGUAUCGCGUAGCAACUUAACCAAGCAAUAGCGUUUAUUUAGAUCCCAAGUGUUGAAAGUUGUUCACUGUGUCACUCUCGUCGACUGGUUAUUCGCUGCGUUUGUGAAUCUGCUGAGGCUGCUGGAUUUACUUGAGCGAGGGGCCCUCGCCGACCUCUCCGCGCUCGUACUGAAACUUGCCACGCGGAACGUAGUCCAUCUCUGGGUGUGCGCCGCCCGCGUUGACCUUGGACGAUAAGCGCGAGUUGAUGGUGUCCACUACGAGGUAGACGCCGAAGAUGGCGGAAGCCAGGCCCAGUCCCGUGAAGGGCUUCUUGGCGCAGUUGGAGAUGAACGGGUGGCUUCUCCACGCGUCCUGAUGGGCGAGAACCAUGAC